UGUUUGAAGUCUCGUCAACCCAGACAUUGAUCAGUUCCGUGAUCAAUUUCUUUGAAAUUGAUCCGAUUCACGUUACUGCGGAAACCUUGUCGCGGUUGAGUUCGGUCGAAAUGCUUUGUUUACAUACGUCGUUUACUCUUUAAUCACUUCGCCGACAAUACUCGACCAAAGAUAUCCGCAGACUUUACGUUUCCUGAGACAAUUUUUGUUUACGACAAAGGCCGCGUUUGUGAAAUCAUUGAUCGCUGCCUUAUACCAUAAGGAAGGAAACCUAUACCAGUGGAAUUCACCUUGUUAGGCCACUCUGAGUGAGUCGAGCUACAUUGAAAUACUGUGAACGUGCUUCGAAUUUCUCUAUUACGUCACGCGUAGCUAUAUUGUUACCCUCUUCGAAGCCGUAAAAAGCGUGCUGAAAUAUUAUCAAAUAUACCUUCGCUAUUUGGCCAUUUACGAACUUCGCCGUUUACAACGGUUGUGAUGAUUGUUUGGGCAUUGCGAUUUGUUGUUUGUAAUGUGUUUUUGUAACUGCGUAUACUCCACGCAUAAAUACUGUACUGUAGCGCAUCGAGUUCAUCAGUCGUAUUCAACGAAUUAACAGCUAGAGUUCUUGCCAUCUGAAGUAAUUGCAUGCAAAUCGCUGCAGAAGAAUCUCGGAAGGACAAAGAGCAACAUCAACGGGUGACCUUUUGCCGUUUUCCUUUGUAAUUAUUCGUUCGUUGCUCGUCGUUUAAAAGAUGGCAAGGAACAGCCGUACGGAGUUUUUGGCUAAAGAAAUGCGUCCACUUUCUGGCGUACCUGAUGUGGCCGAAAAUGAACCACAAACGCAACGUGCAGGAAAGAAAGUCUGCACGCUUCGUCCCUUCCGUACCACCCUGGAGCGAGUGAUGGCAUUUGCCAUACUUAUUUUGUUACUUGUGUGCGUGACUGUCGUGGUGUUGUAUGCAACGAAGGAUGGAAAAGAUGCAACUACCACAGAAGACGAAAUAGCCACUGCUUGUUCUUUUUCCAAAGAAGCACUACGUGUCGGUUUGGAGGAAUUUCUGAGAAAAGUGCAAGACACUUAUUACGAGUAUCGUACUGUGGAAUGGAUUCCUGGUAUGACCAUACGCGAUCAUAUUAGGAAUAUAAAAGAAAGAUACAAACCAAUGAAUUUCACUCCGGAAUACUUAAAAGAGAAAACUGACGCCACGUUGGCAUUGCUUGAAGAAAUCAACAACAUGGACAUCGACGAAGAGAAGUUGAAAUCCAGAGAAGCUAAAGUCGUUUAUCAGGUGAAGCAAUUCCUGCAAACGACUUUUGCUUCUCCCUAUGACGCAAAUUUCUACAGUGGCGAUUGGAUGCUUGGUGUGAACCAUUUCUGUUUUCAACCAAUAUGCCAACUAGGCCAGGAACUUGGUAAUCAUGCAAGAUGGGUCAGGCCUAAAAACCUGGAUGAUUUAGAAAACAUAUUGGACAUGAUAUACUUACAUGGGGAAGCUGUGAAACAAUACCAGUCCAACGUACAACUCGGCGUCAAAACAGGAAUGGUGCGCUCUGCAUUUAACUGUAAAGCAGGUUUAGAUGCAUUUAAAGCUCGCUACAAGGAAAUAACAAAGGAGAACGACCCCAAAGGAAUAUUGGACGAGUCGUUUGUUGUAGGUUUUCGCCAUGGAUUGUACAUCAAAGAUUUAUCGGACGAGGAUCAUGAGGAAUGGAUGAAGAUGAAGGGAAAAUCUAUUUCCGCCUCCAUUGACGAAGCACUGGUUGAAGGGCUAGGAAAACCUUUAACUGACUUUGUGGAGUAUCUCGGCAAGAAGCACAUACGGAAUUGCCUACCCCAAGAUCUUUCCAGUGGACUUGCGGGGAUUCCGGUGGAUCAUAUCUACAUCGACGGCGCCCCGACGAUUAUCCCCACAACCAAGAUCUUGCCAAUAACCGGACAGAACCUGAGCGGAAAAGAAAAUUACAAAAGUAUUUUAACAUCGUUCACAACGAGCGAUAUAUCUCCUGAGGAAAUCUACGAAAUCGGAAAAGAGAGUCUGAGGAAACUUUUUCCGAAGGCCAUAGAGAUUGCUCGGAACGUCACGGGGCAGUCGGACAACGAGACAGCGAUUCGUGAAUUCAGGAAACUUCUGAACUCAUCCGAACAGUUCUUCAACGACGGACCAUUUCCCGCCAAUGAAUCGGACCUCGCUGCGUUCAAAAAUUGUUCGGACAUCGAAUCGGCGGAGAAAAAUUGUCCGAUACGAUGGCAAGCCAUGCAGAAGUGGGCUUCUUAUGGUCGCCAAACGGCUGGAAUGCUUGCACCAAAACUUAUUCCGUUGUUUUACCACACAGGAAACAAGAUCACCAUUCCAAAUUGUCCUAUAGAAUUCCGGCCGAAUUUUAACCCAUCGUUUGGCGCUCAGUCGUAUUCGCACUCAGAUACUGGUUGCACAGAACCUGCUUACAUAAAUAUACCUUUUUUCCUCGACAAUUUCGGGCCAAAAUUCUCAGACUGGAGUAUCAUAGCUCAUGAAGGAUGGCCCGGACACCACACUCAGCUACAAGGUUCUUUGGAAUAUUUCAAUGAUCCGUGCGAGGAUGUCUUAAAAUGGUUGGAUAAGAAGUCGAGAUACAGUUACUUCACAGAGGGUUGGGCAUUAUACGCAGAAACACCUCUAGUAUCUGAGAACACUGAUACAUACCACGGUCAUCCCUUGGAAGAGUACGGAAUGCUACAAUGGGAGAUAUGGAGGACUUUACGAUUGAUUGUGGACACUGGACUCCAUUACCGUGGAAUGACAAGGACAGAAGCUAUUGAAUUAUUCUCAAAAUACGCGUGGGAUGACAGCGACUUCACACACAAGGAGGUGACUCGGUACCAGGGUGGACCUGGACAGGCGACCGCAUACAAAUUGGGUCAGCAGAAAAUCGUCGAGAUGAGAGAAUAUUGCGAGCGAAAGCUUGAGGCGAAGUUUAAUCUACAGGACUUCCAUUACCAAAUUCUGUCCAUUGGCUCGGCGCCAGAGAGCUACAUCGAUAAACAUAUAAAGAAAUACGUGAAAUGCUUAGACGAUGAGGAGGAGUCUGAUGAAGAUGAGUGUAACGAGAUUCUCUAUCCGAUGCACAAAGCGAAGACUUCAGUGUAUGCCGAGGGGGGGUACGAGCAGUUCACUAGACCAUCUUCUUUUAAUUAUGUUUAGACUGACCCACUCCUCCAUGGAGAUGAUACGAGCCCCAUCAUUAAUCUUCUUUAAGCCCCGCUGUUAUAAACUAGAUUCCCUACUCGUAAAUAAUUCAAAAAAGAAAAGAUGGAUAUCUAGGGUGACUAGGAGAACUCGUGAUAUAGAUGUAUAUACUGUAACAGGGACAUUGCAGGAUAAUAUAGUAUGGUAUGGAUGCUGUUCGUAAUCAUCAACUUAUAUAUUGUAACUUAGAUUAUUUAACAUUAUUAAUAUUUAAU